AAAAGAGGAGGGGUAAGUAAAUAGGCUGUUCCUUUUCAUUCUUCCUGCCACAGCGAAGUGUACAGAGGCCCGUACACAACACAGAAUCACCGGGUUAAACGAGUUACUGACUUCUAGGUGUAAAGGGCUAGUUCUGAGUUAAGUAAUGAAGAAACUGGAUCAUGUGUCCUGCGACUCAUUGUUAGACUGGACGCAUCUGGGUAGUGGAACUUUUGGCUCUAUAUACAAAGCGAGGCACGUUGAAUGGAAUUUAGAUGUAGCUGUGAAGACACUAAAUAGAAGUGUGCCCCAUGAUCUGCAGGAUCUUAUUUCUGAAGCACAAAAGAUGUAUGCUGCUUCCGCUAGCCAGCAUGUUACCCGUUUGUUUGGGAUUUUGGAGGAUCCUUUGAAGGAGAAGCAUGGUAUUGUUAUGGAGUACAUGGAGAGGGACAGCCUCUACCACUUGAUAAGUUAUUAUUACCCCAUCCCUUGGGCACUAAAAUUCCGCAUCCUUCAUGAGGUAGCAUUGGGCAUGAACUGGCUGCACUCUCUCUCCACGCCUCUCUUACACUUGGACCUCAAAACCAAAAAUGUCCUCUUGAACACAGAUCUGCAUAUAAAGGUUUCAGACUUUGGGCUAUCCAAAUUUACUCACAAUUCCCCUAACUGUGACACGGACUCUGAGUGUGUAGGUGGGACCCUAGAAUACAUGCCCCCCGAGGCAUUUCAGGAUGGUUAUGUGCCAGACAAGUCAACUGAUGUUUACAGCUUUGCUAUCUUGACCUCUGUGGUACUAACUGGAAAUGAACCUUAUCCAGAUGCCGAAUCCUUUCUGAUACGUUAUCGUAUACCUAGGGGAGACCGGCCAGAAUUAUGCUCUGAAGAAGAGAAGCAGUAUGUAAAAUGCCUUAGUGCAGCAACAGAGCUUACUAAACAAUGUUGGCACGAUGACAAACACAAAAGACCUCCUUUCAGCAAAUGCUGUAAUCAGUGGGAACAGUUCUUUAGGGCUCAUAAGAAUGAUAUACUUAUUGCAGUGCGGGAAGUGCAAGACAAGAUGAUGUCAUCCACAGCAACGGUUUCAGAAACACCAAGUACGUCAACGAUAACCAGCUGCGAUAUGACAGAAGCAAUAAAGAGAAUGGAGAACUUAAACAUUACACAGGAACCAUCAGUCCAGCAACAUGCGGUACCAAUGAUUAAUAGACCAGGCAACAUACGGGAAACCCAGCACAAACCUGCAAAGAGUGUGAAAAACAGCAUACCCAAUCCCAACCAGACAAGGCCAAUGCCUUCUUUUACACCUUCAUUUCCAUUUAAUGCAAUAUAUAUUUAUGGGGACACCAAUGGAAUACAGAUUGGAAACAACAAUGUAAUGAAUAUAAAACACACACAUGAAAAAACUUGUCAGCGGUAUCACAGUAAGGGAAGUAAGGGACAGGCUCCUGGCCAGCCUCCCAAAACACAAACAUCUGUGCAGAAGGCAGCAGAUACACGCAAUAAUAUACAACAAUCCCCCGUAAUACCUGGGGCAGUGCAAAGGAGCCAUACCUCUCAAAGGAGCCAUACCUUAAUCACAUCAAAUAUAUCUAAUGUUGCCAAGAAUGACCCAAAACCCCUAGAGGGUCCUAUUACAGGCAGCGGAAAUACAUCAUCCCAACAAAAUCAACAUCACCGUGCAGAGCAGAUCCAAGCUAAGCCACAGAUUCAAAUACAAUGCCAGCCACCACCAAGCCAGCCAAGUACCCAACACGACAAAGAUGCAGCUCCUAUAGAGAAUUCAACAUAG